UCAUGGACAAAUUUGAUCUGAUUAAGGUCAUUGGGGAAGGUGCCUUUGGAAAAGCAUACUUAGCUAAGGAGAAAUCCAACAGCACGGACUGUGUCAUAAAAGAGAUCAACUUUGCAAAGAUGCCCACGCAAGAAAGAGAAGCUUCAACAAAAGAAGUGAGUCUUCUGGCCAAGAUGAAACAUCCCAACAUAGUCACCUUCUUCAGCUCAUUUCAAGAGCACAGUAGGCUGUUCAUUGUGAUGGAAUACUGCGAUGGGGGAGAUCUCAUGAGAAGGAUUCACAGGCAGCGUGGAGUGUUGUUUAGUGAAGAGCAGAUCCUGGGUUGGUUCGUGCAGAUUUCCCUAGGACUGAAGCACAUUCAUGACAGGAAAAUAUUACACAGGGACAUCAAAGCUCAGAACAUUUUUCUUAGCAAGAAUGGAAUGGUUGCAAAGCUUGGGGACUUUGGUAUAGCAAGAGUCCUGAAUAACUCCAUGGAACUUGCUCGAACUUGUGUUGGAACACCCUACUACCUGUCCCCGGAGAUCUGUCAGAAUAAACCAUAUAACAAUAAAACGGAUAUUUGGUCUCUUGGCUGUGUUUUAUAUGAGCUUUGCACACUCAGGCAUCCAUUUGAAGGUACCAACUUACACCAGCUAGUCCUGAAGAUUUGUCAAGCACAAUUUGCCCCAAUAUCACCAAGGUUUUCUCAUGAUCUACAGUCAUUGGUACUUCAGCUCUUUAAGGUGUCUCCUCGAGAUCGACCAUCUGUUAAUUCCAUCUUGAAAAAGCCCUUUUUAGAGAUUCUUAUUGCUAAAUACUUGACUCCUGAGGUUAUUCAAGAAGAAUUCAGCCAUACACUUCUACAUAAAGCAAGAUCCUUAGCCUCUCAGCCUUCUGGGAAGAUAGUCCCGGAUUCUAAAAUACACAGAGUGAAGUUCCAGGGCAAAUGUCCACUGCGAUCAAAAAUAUCAGUGCCAGCUAAAAAGAAGGAUGUAUUACAUAGAAAUGAAUGGAGACCCCCAGCUGGAGCCCGGAACCCCAUAUGUAUAAAAAUGAUGGAAAGGCCCAAAGUAGCUGCAGUUUGUGGACAUUAUGACUUUUAUUAUGCUCAACUUGACCUGCUAAGGAAGAGAAUCCAUGAACCAAACUAUCACUGUGUCCCUCAAAAAGCUUCUGGAAUUGAAGGAUCUAACUGGGAAGAAAGCCACAACACAUCACCUGCUCAAUGGCCUGCCGAAUACCUUCAGAGGAAAUUUGAAGCUCAGCAAUAUAAGUUGAAAGUAGAAAAGCAAUUGGGUCUUCGUCCUUCUUCUGCUGAACCAAAUCACAACCAGAGGCAAGAGCUAAGAGACCGUGGAGAAGAAACUGGGUCCCAGGAGCUACAAUUUAGAAAAAAGGACAUGAAGGACCAGGAAUAUUGGAAGCAGCUAGAAGAAAUACGCCAACAGUAUCACAAUGACAUGAAGGAAAUCAGGAAGAAGAUGGGGAGAGAACUGGAGGAGAACUCAAAAAUCAGUCAUAAAACCUAUUUGGUAAAGAAGAUGCACCUGAAGAAGAGGCCUGUGCAGAGGGGGAUAAAGUUUGAAAUUCCCUUAGACAAGUGUGUUUCUAGUGAAGACUCCUUCCAGGAGGAUGAGGUAAUGGUUGCACUAACUGACAAUUUGACCUUCGAGGAUGGCAUGAAGUUGAAGGAAUACAGACAGAUGAAGGGGCAAGAAGAGUACACAGACAAAGCCUCUGAAGAGCUUUGUGGCCCAGAAACUGACACAGAGUGCUGCCCGCAGGCUGCCACAGCUGCAACAAACAGGAGGCAGUGGGAUGCCAGAGCACCCAAGACUCUGCUGCAAAUGAUGGCAGCAGCCGAUGUCACCUCCGCCUGCCCCACCAUGCCUGAUGAUGGCCAAGUGAUUGUGAUGGAAGAUGGUCCAGAAAACAGGAAGCAGUGGCAGCGUGAAGCACCAGGGACUUUGAUGGCUGUUUUGGCAGCAGCACAUCUGAGUAGCUCAUUUCCUGCCAGCGAAGGAAAACCUGGAACUUUAAAACAAUAUCUUCCUAAAGAAGAUGAAGAGGAGGUGGAAAUGACAUCUGGCAUUGAAGUAGACAAGGAACAACUGGAAGCAGGAUCUGAUGGUAAUGAUACAAAUUUUGAAGAAUCUGAAGAUGAAUUGAGAAAUGAAGUAGUAGAAUCCUUAGAAAAUCUUGCUUCUUUCAAAGAAGAAAAGGAAGAGGCUUCCAUUUUCUCUAAAGAUGCUGAAAAGUCAGGAGAAAAAGAAGAAUCAAAUGACGCCUCAGAAGUGGUUAAUAGUCCAUCGAUUGACCCAGUUUGUUUUAUUGAUGAUAACUAAGAACUAACAAUCAAAACAUACAAGUGUGAUUACUGGGAUUUUUCUUCUCUUUUUUUAAUGGUAUUGGGUUCAGUGGACUUUUAGGCAUUUUGUUUUGUUUCUUUGAUUCUUUGCUUUUAAGACAGGGUCUCACUAUGUUACUCAGGAUAGACUAGAAUUCACUAUUAGCUUAGGCUGGCCUUGACUUGGGAUCCUUCUAUCUCUACCUCCAGAGAGUUGGGAUUAUAGGCAUGCACACUGCACCCAGCUCCUACCUACCUUUUCUUAUUAAGAAUAAGAAGUACCUAUUCCCUAUAGUACCUGUUUAGGUACAAGUAAAAACAAAUCAUUUAUAUGUUAGUUUUUCAGUGAUCAUCUCUAGGACUUGAUUUUUCUUUCAAGUCAGAUAAUAGAGCUCCCUUUAGAAGGAUGGCUUUAGAUUUUAGGGUAGGGAAAGAGAUUAGCCCAGAAGCAGUGAGAGAGGACACAUAAACCACAGAGACCAAAAGCACCUAGAAACUUACAAUAACUUCUGCUGUAGAAGUAACAGAAGUAACUUUCCUGUUGCACUCAUUGACAGAUUUAGCACAGACACAUUCUAAUUUAUUCAUUCAUAUCAAAGUCCUGGAGACUAGGGUUUAUUUAAAUAAUUAAACACCAACAUUCUGAAAGCACUGAUACUAACACUUGUCUUUAUUUCAUAAUUUUUCCUAUAAGAUGAUCUUGUAAAAAUACCUUGGAAAUUAUUAAAAAAUAAAGAGUGAAAGGACAGGGGAGGUAGCUAGGGAUAGAAUGUAUGCUUAGCAAGCAUAAGGCCUUCAGUCUAAUCCAAAGCCACACCCCAAAGCAUAAAUAAUUUUUAAGAAAGUCUACAAAAUCUAACAACCAAUACUUAGGCACCACAAACAAGAUAAAGAUAUCCUUUCCUUUUUAUGCAUUUUCUUUCUUCUUUAAAUAUUAAAAAAAAAAUUCUAGCCAGGUGCUAGAGGCUCAUGCCUGUAAUCCUAGC